AUGGAGAUCGAUUGGGGCACGGAUGCCCGUCUGCCCAUUCCCUCCGAUGCCGCCAGCGGUGCCGAAAACGAUCUGGCAAGCAAUUGGUCGACUCUAUCGAACUUCACACGCCUCUUUAACGCCGCCGCCCCCGACCUUGUCAACUACACGCUCAACAUGCUCGACUUGAGUGUGUCCAUGGCCACGGAGGUCGCUAAUGUGAGCGUCUCUUCCACCACGCCAGUGCCCGCCUACGCCAUCACGAACAGCUCCUCGAUGGCCCACACCGACGGCCUACACGAGUCAGGCUCCCCGAUGGCGGAGCAGGUGCCGGAGCACAUGAUGGACCAUGCGCCGCAGCUGUCUCGUUCGGGACUGCUGAAGGUCUACGUUCUGGCGGUGAUGGCGCUCUUUUCGCUUCUCGGCAACCUGCUGACCAUCUGGAAUAUCUACAAGACGCGCAUCUCGCGUCGCAACUCCCGGCACACGUGGAGCGCCAUCUACUCGCUGAUGUUCCACCUGUCGAUCGCCGACGUCCUGGUCACCUGGUUCUGCAUCAUCGGCGAGGCCGCCUGGUGCUACACGGUCCAGUGGCUGGCCAACGAGCUCACCUGCAAGCUGGUGAAGCUCUUCCAGAUGUUCAGUCUUUACCUGUCCACGUACGUUCUCGUCCUCAUCGGCGUGGACCGUUGGAUUGCAGUCAAGUACCCCAUGAAGUCACUCAACAUGGCCAAACGUUGUCAUCGCCUGCUCGGGGGCACAUACAUCCUCUCGCUGGUGCUCAGCCUGCCACAGUUCUUCAUAUUCCACGUGGCGCGAGGUCCCUUCGUGGAGGAGUUCUACCAGUGUGUCACCCAUGGCUUCUACACGGCAGACUGGCAGGAGCAGAUGUAUGCCACCUUCACCCUGGUCUUCACCUUUCUACUGCCGCUGUGCAUACUGUUUGGAACGUACAUGUCGACCUUCCGCACAAUAUCAAGCAGCGAGAAGAUGUUCCAGGGCUCCAAGCUGGCUAACUACUCCACGAACAAGCUUCCCACCCAGACGAAUCGGCAGCGGCUAAUACACAAGGCGAAAAUGAAGUCGCUGCGCAUCUCCGUGGUGAUCAUCAUAGCGUUCCUCAUCUGCUGGACGCCCUACUACGUGAUGAUGAUUAUGUUCAUGUUCCUGAAUCCCGACAAAAGGCUGGGCGACGAUCUGCAGGACGCCAUCUUCUUUUUCGGAAUGUCCAACAGCCUCGUCAACCCUCUCAUCUACGGGGCCUUUCAUCUGUGUCCGGGCAAAGGUAGCAAGUCCAGUGGAGGCGGCAAUAACAACGCCUACAGCUUGAACAGAGGCGACUCUCAGCGCACUCCAUCCAUGCUGACAGCCGUGACGCAGGUGGACGGCACCGGAGGAAGCUCCCGACAGAUGCGUGCCUUCCGGCAGCAGAGCUACUACCGCAGCUCGAGCAACGGCUGUGCCGGACCACCCUUCAAGGAGCAAGUGGGUCUACUGCACGUGGGUCCAGGGUCCUCCAGUGCCGGUCCCGGCUCUGUGUCCGGCAGCAACAGUGCAACGCCGCAGCUGAUGCGCAAGGGCUCGUCGGUGCGCAGUCCACAUCCGCACCUGGCGAUCCUGGCCCGGCACCCCAGUUGCCUGCGCGAACAGGAACAGCAGCGCCUUCUGCUGCAGACAACCCCAUCCACUGUCGUUCUCAACUACGACGCCCAGCGCGGGGGUGUAGGCGUGGGUGUGGCCAGUGGAGCGCACCUCACCGCGCUGCUGGACAACAACGAGCGGGUGUCGAGCGUGUGAGACGAGCUGGCGAUGGCGGCGGCGGCAGCGGUGGAAAAUGUGGCGACGGAUGGGUCGGAGGACGCGUGUUCCUGCUGCCAUUGCCUGAGCAGGGAGCUGGUGCGGCGGCAGCAAGGUUUCCAAGAGAUUCCAGUGCAGUGAUGAUGUCAGAAGAUUAGAGUAUCAGAGAAUCACAUAGAGUAAGAGUAAGAGUAAGAGUGAGAGCGAGAGGUGCACCUGGAACAGGAUGAGCCAUGUGCUAACCAUGAGAGCUGAGGCGUCGAUGAUCAGAUCACCGAGCCGAGGAACGUGUGGGUAGUUAAUACCAAUUGAGAGUUAAGUCUUCAAACACAAUGGGUGUGCUUAGAGUAGAGUGUUUAUUUCUAGCUUGUACGGUCUCCUCGCCCACACCGGGGGCAAUCCCUGGCAGAUGUGGGUGGGAAGGUACUACUCAUCGAUAAGCAGCGGGAGCCGUCUCGCUUUGUGGCGGCAGCGAUGCAGCUCCAACGAUAAGUAUUUUAAUUAGCCAUUAGUCCGUUUCAGAGAGCAGACACAUUGAACCUUCUGAAAUCAGUCAGUCUGCUUCUAUGUCAUUGCAACGUUGAAAAGUUUGUUAGCGGACGGAAUCCUGUCAGAUUCGUCCCUCAGUUGUCAUUUUCUGAAAAUCAAUUGUCUAACGCAGCCAAAAACCAAACAGGGUAAUAAUUACUUAAUACAUUUAACUAUAAAUAUAUCAAUGUGCAUUUUUUGGGAGACACGUUUCGCUCUCGAAUAGUUCCCCCAAUAGCAUCUGCAAUAGCAUAGCAAUAGCAGCCCCCAAUAUAGCAGCCCCCAACCGAAUUUUUAAACAAACAUUCAUAUCUAUCCAACGAAUUUCCAGAGUUUUGGAAUGCCCUCAUUACUUACUCAGAGCCUAUUCCUGUUUUUCUUUUACGAGUAGCAUUGUUUUAAAAUGUAUUUACUUGAAGACAAUAAUGUUUUGAUUUUUGAAUGUCAUACGAAAGCCAAAUCUCUGCUCAAUUUGUUCGAAAAGUUAUCCAAGGGAGUUUGAAUUGUAUGUAUAUUGGAUUGGAUUGGAUUGGAUUGGAUUGGAUUGGAGGAGUACGGUGCACGAGUACCGUACCCUUUGUAAGCUGAUUGCCCCGAAAAAUGUGCACGGAUCCGGAGGACAUCUCUACAGGAUUACGUGUAUGCCCAUCUAUUCAGCAUCCUGAUCGCAUAUUCAUGUGCACCGUACGUUGUGUGUACUUAUGUAUAAAUAAUCUGUGUCAAAUUUGUAUAGUUUAUUUUUAAUAAAAACCGAAUGAUCCUUCCGAGA